AAAGCCGUGCCAUGCAACGUGGGUCUGGACAUCACUAAAGGGUCGCCUGAGAAUGGGGUCAACCCUAAACCCCCGCCGUCACCCCCCAUUGAUAUCCCUGGGAGGAACAGGACGUGGGAGUCUGAGGAGGAACAGAUGGAAGAAGGUAGUCAGCCCCUCAGUGAGUCCAUUAGUGUGAAGUCUGCAGCCAACAUGUUUGGGGGACAGGCCAUUAUCAGGCGUAUCCCAACCCCUAGAAACUCCUGCAAGAUCCCUAAACCAACCCCACCAAAAAUACCUGCCAAACCAAUCCUGAUAAAAUCACAUACGCUUGAUGCAACAGCUCAAGUUCAGGACAGUUUUGACACAGAUAAAGUCAUGAAAUGUGACAACCAGUUUGCAAUGGAUGUUACUGAAACUGGAAGUGAAUCGAACAAAGAUGUUUUGGAUAAACCUCUAGAAUCUUUGUCAGAAAUCAAUGGUGUCAGUGAUGAUGAGUUUGAAACUUAUGACAACGUAAAUGACAAUGAGAACAUACCAAGCUAUGAGCAGUUUAUUGCUGGUGCUAACACUCUCCUAGAUCCAGAUCACGACAAUGAGGAUAGUGAGCUGGAUAAUGUUAAGAUCCCAGACACCAUUCAGACGUUAGAAAUGCCAAAGUCAGUGAAGAAUCAUGUGAAAGACUAUGCAGUGAUGGAUUACACUGUUCUUGGUACAAUAUCUCCGCUGAAUGACAAAAGCUGCGACAAGAAUCAGGAGAUGUCAUUUGUUUUGGGUCGCCCGCCUUCUUCAUCCUUACCAGGGAGUGAAAGUAGAAUAAAGCGUUGUCUGUCACCGCAGAGUGACCACCAGCCAUUGUUGCCUUCAAAUUCAUUAAUGCCUUCAAAGAAAGUCACUUCUGGUAACCAUGGCAACAAGAUACGACCCCAGGCCGACGUUUCGCCCAUGCCCAGAGGUCAAGGUAUGAGUCAGAAAGAAAAGGAGAUAUCAAAUCCACCGGGCAUAAUGUGCGAGGGUUGCAACAACUGCCUGGUGGAUUUCAAGCGGCAGGUGCUCAGGAUGGUGUAUCCAGACAACUCUGCCAACCCUGUUACCAUGUCACUGAGUGCCAUUGAGGGUUUCAAGGACAAGCUUCAAGUGGCAGAUCAUGGCUACCGGUUCUCACGCGAGGGCCAGUGUGAGGUGUGCUACACACACGUGACUCAGCUACGCCAGGAGGCUGUGAGCAUGGUCCACUGCAUCCAGCAGGCCCAGUCCGAGCCCAACAACAACAACACACACAUCCACAGCCUUGUGGGCUCUGUCAGUCUGCCGCCACUGCCACGAAAGCCAGGGUCCAUCAACCUCAGAUACCGCAGUUCAAAGCUUCCUAACCCCACAGGCAGCCUCUUAUCCAAGUCAGCGCCACUGGCUGCUCAAGCUCAAGCCUAUCUUGAACAGAAUGUGCGCGCCCGCAACCCCCAGAAGCGCCAGGUGCUAGUUAGAUCCUCAUCAGUGGAUAGAGGUGCUGGUCACAGAGGGUUUGAGAUGAACCCCCAGGGUGUAUCUGAUGGGGUGGGGCAGGGUGGCCGACCCCUCCCCUACCAGAUGUCAGGCUCUCACUUCAUCAACACGCCAUAUAUGCAGCAGCACUUGCCUAUGCAAGCUUACCAUCAGCAGCAGCAGCAGCAGCAGCAGCAACUGAUGAGUCCGCCCCAGCAUGCACAGCUGUAUCAGCAACAACAGCUACACAAUAGACAUUAUCCUUUUCAUCAGCAGCAACAGCAGGCGAUGAUGAAUCCUGCUCAGCAGCAGAUGAGCUAUAAUCACUAUCAGCAGCAGCAUCAACCACAGCUGCAGCAGUAUGUUCAGUACCAGCAGCAGCAGCAGCAGUACAGUUUCCUGCAUCACUCUCACUCAGCCCCAGGGUCCCCUGCACGCAGCAUGCAGUCUCUGUCUCGUGUGCAGUCCCCUCCAAGGGUCCAGUCCCCACCCCCAGUGUUCGGACGCGUGAUGUCACCACCCCCGUCAUCUCCCUCCCUCUCUAGACUGUCGUCUGUGUCAUCUAUGUCACCUCCGCCACUCAGUGCCUCCUCACCUGCGGCCUCGUUCUUUGCAAGGGCGGCCCAGAAGCUUGGCAAGAAGAAGCGGCGCCACCAGCAGUCAGAGGUGGAGGUGCUACCGAGCUUCCCUACCAAGUUCUCCGAGGUCAUCCGUGUCUCGGCCCCGCCCUGCCCCCCGUGUCUGCUGAGACCUCUACCCAGGGGACCAGCCCAGGGAGCGGGUGGCAAGGUGAAGGUCAUCCUCCGUAUUGUGUCCACCAAUCACCAUGGUGACCAUGCGGCAUCAUUUCUAAAUAUAGACACACGCAACAAACAGGUUACAGUGUACGAUCCUGCCGGGAGUGGCUAUGCAACCAGUGUCGCUCACAGGAAGGCCGCCAUGGCCCCCAAAAUGUUUGCCUUUGAUGGUGUCUACUCACCAGAUGACUGCAUGACUGAACUUUGUUCAGGAACCUUAACAGACAUCAUCCAGGGUGUGGUCACAGGCGCUGAUGGCUGCAUAUUCACAUAUGGAUAUUCAAAACUAGGCAAGACGUACACAAUGGUGGGUGCAGACGUGUCCAGUCAGACCCUGGGUCUGAUACCCACAGCCAUAGCGUGGCUCUUCAAGGUCAUCAACGAGCAGAAGGACCAGACCGGUGCCAGAUUCUCCGUCCGCGUGUCCGCAGUUGAAGUCUCAGGCAAACAGGAAGUCCUCAAAGACCUGCUGGUGGAUGUCGCUCACAGCACAGAGUCUGGUGUUGGUACUGCGCCCAGCGUGUAUCUAAGAGAGGACCCUAUCUCGGGUACCCAGCUGGAAAACCAGUCUGAACUGCGUGCACCCACCGCUGAAAAGGCUGCCUUCUAUCUGGACGCAGCGCUGAACGCCCGCAGCAAGUCAGAAGAAGAGAGUCGGUCAUCUCAUCUGCUGUUCACGCUUCAUGUGUAUCAGUACCGGAUAGAGAAGGAAGCAAACCGGACCGGAUUGCCAGAAGUUGCCGGCGGCCGUAGCCGGUUGCACCUCAUUGAUCUGGGCAGCGCCUCCAAGUCCAAGGACCCAGACAAUGUGGCCUUGAGUCUGUCGGCCCUAGGCAACGUCAUCAUGGCCCUUGUCAACGGACAGAGACACGUCCCCCACAGGGACAGCAAGGUAGCCCAGUUGCUGCGUGACUCACUGGGCAAUGCCACGUGUCGGUCGUGCAUGGUCGCCCAUGUGUCCCAGGAAGUACCGCACUACAACGAGUCACUACAGGUCAUACAGCUUGCUGCCAGGAUACACAGAAUGAGACGUAGGAAAAUUAGAGGCCACUUCUCUGGCACCAGUUCUGAUGAUAGCUCCACUGAUGGCAGCAGCAUACACAGUGGCAGCAGACCGUAUCGCGGCUUUCGUAUGGGCACCCUCCACGAGGGGAGCUCACUCUCUGAUCCUGACUACACGUCAAGCAGCGAGUCUUGCAACACAGUUAUCUACCUUGGACGUAACACCCAGCAGUCACUCAGUGAUCGGGAGUUGACCGACAAUGAGUCUGUGCGUUCUGUGCCGCGGACAAAUCCCCGUCUGCCAAGACGCGCAAGUGGGUCAAGAUCGUCAGGUGAUGAGGGCUCAAACUCAGACAGUGGGCGGAGUCUGUACAGAGCCCGAGACUCUGUACUGCGGCUGUCUGAAACUGCAGGGUCACCUGUCCGAGAUGUGAGCGUGGUUGGGUCUCGACAUGGUACGCCAGUCAGGUCACUUUCGAGGGGCUCUACUCCUGUAGGUAAUGCCAUGGAUAUCAGUACGCCAAUGUCAGGCUCACCAUCAGGUGUGGGCUUUGGGCUUCCUCAGAAGUCAGGGGCGAAAUCUAAAACAAGUGUGCAAGGUCAGAACAAAGAAAAUUCAAAUCCCCAGUGCUAUUCCAGUGUGAAUAUUGUUGAUAAAGCCAGCCGAACUGGCACACGACCUAAGCGCUCUAGUUGUUCUCCAAGCACAAAAGAUGGAGAGCAAUGGAUUGAUGGGCCAGGGGCUGCAAUAUACCCAGAAAAGAAGCAAAACUCAAGCGAACAGUGGAUUGAUGGACCUUCUGCUUUUUUGGUGAUACAGGAGCAGCGACAUGAACAAAAACAUGGUAAACAAUCAGGAGCUAAAAUGAGUUCAGAGGAAAUGUGGGUUGAUGGCCCACCAGAAAUGUUGGCAGAAAACCAGAUGGACGAAAAUCAAAAUCGCACUCCGAAAGUGGUGAUGCACACAAAUAGUAAGAAAGCUCAUGUUAGGAUGCUGUCCUCCUCACCCAAGUCCUUGCCACCCAAGGUGGAAGCAGGUUCUCCCAUGGCCUCCUGGCCCCUGCCAGACAUCAAGGAGCGACCAGAGAGUCAGGUCAGUCUGGAGAGUGGCAGCUCCAAGGUUGUACAGCCCAGCGAGUCACGGCCUAUCAGCAUGGUCACAAAUGUGGGAGAUACAGAGGACUUGGCGAAAUUGAAACCUUUUGUUGUAGACUGGGUGGACAAGCAUGGUAUCAAAGAUUCUACUGGUGGUGACAUGAGCAAUUCUCUGCUGAGUACAGUGGAGUCCACCCCUGGAACCCAUCGACGAUCCAAACCCCAGGAGUCGAGAACUAAGAAACUGCUGCCACCAUCCUCCACGCCCAAACAGUCACCACAGCACUCGCCUGCUGCAGUGAGGAAGUCCCGCUCGUCCACACCAAGAGCUCACUUCCCAGCACCCAACUGUACCAGCAAGAGGGUCACUGAUUGGCUGAAGUGCGUGGAUGACAAUAGACAGGAAGAAAACAUUUUUAUGGAAGGAAUGGCAGGUCAUGCUCAUACAGAGCUGAAAUGUGGCAAACUGACUGAUUCACAAGGCCGAAGCUUGAAUUACUCACAGGAUAUUUCUUCCUGUAGUUCUUUGUAUCCAGAUUCGUUUAAUGACUCAAGAGCUCCGUGUACUGAUCAGGAAAGUUUCGAGAAUCAUUCUCUCCAGGGGACAGUUGAGCAGAAUGCAGCAGACGUAAGCUUCGACAGCAGUGUGGAUACUGGCCCCUCUCAUCAGACCAGGGACUCAAUCUAUGAAAUGGCAAUGGAUGAACAGCUGGAAAAUGGUCUUGAAAAUACAUCUAAGAAAGGAGAUGACGAUGAAGAUUCUUUCAGUAAUGCUUCAUGUGCCAAAGACUUAGACAUGGAGGUUACAGAACCUUUCGUGGAGUGCAUGGACUCUGACAUGAGGAAGUCGGAGACAAUUCAGAGCAUAAAAACAUUAGUGGGUGAUCAAUACGAUCUUGUAAGUAGUGUGAACGCUGGAAAAGUGUGCAAUACCCAUCUGCAGCCUGAAAUGGAGUCCAUUUUGCAUCUUCUCUCCAGAAAACCAGAUGGGGCUUCUAAUCCAAAUCUGAUCAGUGAAACUUACACUGGAAAGACAAACAUAAGUGCUUUACGUGAGGAGUUUUUGAUUGUCAAUGCUAUAUCUAGUCAGUCACCUGACCUGGCUAAGCGAUCUCAUCUCUCGACUAGUGUGAACAAUACAGUGUGUAGACAAGGGGAAGGGGACGGCAAUACUGAUCCAGGGGAGGCUGGAUUUUCGCCUCUUCCUCACAAACCUUGUUCAAAGUGUGGAUAUUCACAACAAAAUUCAAAAACAAUUGCCAAAAUGUGUAAAGAUUGUCAAAAAAUGGUGGCUGCUUCUAUAAAAACAUCACAUACAAGUGUGACAAGGAAAGAAAAAGACAAAUCUAAAUAUAGUUUACACACGUCGUCAGGUGCUAGCAUGUCGAUGCCUGUGACUCCAGUAGUGUCAAAAAGUUCUAAAUCAAAAACGGUGUCACCAAACAGUAGCAAAUUACCAAUGUUUUCAAAAAACUUGCAAGCGUCCUCAAAAGAUUCAAAAUCAAGUCGUAAAAAGGAGAAAGAGAGCAAGAAGACAAACUUCUUGUUACGCACAUCGUCAAAGAGUCAUGAUUCGGACAGUGGAAAUGAUAGUGGAAUCGUGGCAGUAGAGAAAGGGCUACUUUCGCCGUAUGCCACUGUGACGAAACCACGGACAGUAAGCCACUCUAGCAGUGGUCAUGGCAGUGACAAUAGCAGCACAAUGAGCACCGACUUGAUAUCCAAGCAGGGUAGCAGCUGCCUGUCUGACAAGGUGACUGGGGGUACGAGCUCCGGCUAUGAGAGCAUGCUCCGAGAGAGCGACGGCUCAGGAUCCUCCACCAUCAACGAAGACAGCGCAGACGAAUCUUCUGGGGACAGGAAAAAAGGCAACAAGAAAAAGCUACCCAAUUCCCAUCGCAGUCGCUCAGCGCCAGUGCGUCAGUCAGAGAGCCCAGAGUCUUCCAGCAGGAAAUCGAGUCCGUCAAGCAAGAACUCGAGUUUAAGCCCGACAUCCCGGGCAUGGCAGGAGCGCCAGGGUCGGCUCAAGGAGGAGGGGCCAGUAGAGAUACGCGAGUAUGACGCUGACGACGUCAAGAGGAUCACCAGACACUGGCCCGAUGAGGAGACGCUGCGAAAGAAUCACGACAAAAUCAAAGAGCUGAUGAGCCCAGGUCGACCCCAGGAAAUUCUUAAAGGCAAGGACACAUACAUUGUUGAUCGUAGCAACUGGAGUUUCGACUGUAAGUUCCUCAUGUGCUUCUCCUGCCGUUCGCGGAAAACGGACAUGUGAACGCUUUUUAGCUCAUAAUCAUCUCACUGCUGAUGCUUUGUACGUGAAUUAUUUCUUGUGUCAAUUCUAGUUUUAUUGACUUCUGCUAUCAUUCUUUUUUCUUUUUUUUAGAGAUUUGAUCAUUUUUUUUUUGAGUGGUUUCUGAUCUGACUUUGUUUAUUUUGUGUAUGAUGCUGUAUUUUGAUAUUUUAUAUCAGACUUUGUGACAAUGUUUUGUUUAGAAGUUUUUUUUAUGUACAUUGGAGUAAUUUUGAUCUGUUAUCUGUUUCCUCAGGCAUGGUUAUAUUUAUAUGGACCAACUUUCAUCUUCCUUUUUCAGGAGAGUGUUUUUAUUUUGUGCAUCUAUUCAUCACCAAUCUAUUGAUUAGAACAAAAGAAGACAAUACCUUGUGUAACAUAUGUUGUAAAAAUGUUAAUCAGCCAUGCAUAUUUAGAAUAGAUCUACUUGUUCUUUUUUUAUUAUUUAAAUUAAUGUCUAUAAAAGUUUUGUGGUAAAUUUAAAAGAAUAUCACGUUUGUUAUGAAUUAAAAUAACUUUGCAUGAAUUACUACGAGUACACUGUCUUGAAUGCAUGGCCAAAUCUUUUUACCAGAUCAGAUCAUACAUGUAUUCAAAUGCAUGAACCACUUUUGAACAUUUUACAUUAUCUUCAAUUUAUGAUGUUACAUUGUUCUAAUUAGAAUUUUGUAAAUUGGCUAAGUGUGUUCUCUUUAAGAAAGAAACAGGCAAUAAAAGUUUGAACUUAACUUACAUCGGUACUAAAAUUUAGUUGUUUUUUGACAUUUCAUCAUUUUCAUAACCACUGUAAUUUAUACAAGUUUCUGGUUCUGGGACUUAAAUGGUCAAUAUACCUCUGUCAUAGUUGUAUUCCUUC